AUGCAUUCAUUCGUUCGUUGUGAAUAUUUGCUGUUGUGAUUGUGAUGCUAAUAUUUUUUGAACGUUAGAAUGUGUUUGUCAAUGUGGAGUGUUUAUUGAUAUUAGAUAGAAAUUAAGUUUUGGAAGUUUACUCCCUAAAAAUGAAAUAUGUACAUAGUUUUGUGUAGUCGAUAAUCAGUUCUAUUAUGUACGCAAACACUUACGGAGUGGUGCAAGAUGAUGUAGUCCUUCGCAUUUACCAUGGAAAAACGAUAAUAAACAUUAGAUAAUUCAUCUACUACAAUGGAUGUUCAUCCCGAAUAUGUUGAAACAGCUAAAUCUAUCCUAUCUUUCGACAAUCGAAGUUACUUCAAAGCUGAGGAUAGUGGAUACCAUACUUCGUUUACACCGGAGCAUUCAGGAUUAUCGAGCGGUUUUCUCGAUCAAUCAGUAGUAAACACAACAGCUUUUAUUGAUCAAAUAAAAGUAGAAUAUGUUACGCCGGAAUCUACUUACAGACACAACCAAUUAAAACCCCGAAAUGACAAUACAGAAACUCCACCGUCUAGGCGGGCUGUCAAACGACCCUAUUCAAGCGUUGAGUCUGCGAAACAGACAAUACCGACUCCCACAACAUGGAUUGCAGGAAAAAUACAGAGUUUGGAAGUGAAUGAAGAUAAAGAAAAUUCUACUCUAUCCAUACCAUCAGACAGCUCUCAUAGUAGUGGGAAUACAAGAUUAAUCUACAGAUUAAAUAUUUGUGAACAAAAGUUUUCAUAUCCAAUAACCCCUAUUAAAAGGAACUGUAAAUUAAGUCCUUGUAGAAAAUCUGGCAGAAAGCUAGACUUUGUAAUACAUUCCUUAUCAUGUGAUACACAUGAGCUAGAGUCAGUACCUAAACAAGUAUCACAAACUAAAAUAGGAAAUUCACAACCUAUUCUAGCCAGACCUGACCAAAAAAUAGAUAUAUUAGGAUUGUUAAACCAGAAAUGUGCCAUACCUCCAUUAAAACAUAUUUUUAAAUAUCUGAAUAAUGAUGAUAUUUGCAACUUCUGUUCUGUGAGUAGUACAUGGAAUGACAUUUGGAACUUGCACAAUAAUGAUCAAAAGAAACAAGAAAUAAGAAAACAUUUGAAAAAUGUUAAAGAGAAUCAAGAGAAUUGCAUAAAAGAUAUCAACUCUAGAAAUAAAACUACCAAGGUUUUUGAUGGAUGCCUUAGAGAAAUUCACAACGAACUCCAUGAGUAUCCUAUGAACAGUACUCCUAUCAGUCCACAGUAUUCACCAAGAACUAAUCGCUUCAGAAAAUUCAUCAAGUCUGCAUCUCUGGAUUCUCGUCUGCAGCUUUCAUGUGUGAGGUGUUCACACCCAGCAAAAGUAACAGAAGAAAAUACUGGUGAAGAAUGGGUUGAGUGCACAAAUACUGCUUGCUCCUAUCAAUUCUGCAGAUUCUGCAACUGCAGUAGGCACCCAGGUAAGAGCUGUAUUCAGUACGACCUAAACGCACCAAGCCCCUCUAAAAGAAAGAAAUGUGAUUAUGCUGUGGGUACAAAAAAAAGCAGAAAGAACUUACGUAGACUUCUGUGAUCUGUUUUAAACAACUCAGUUUUAAACUAGAUUUUAGAAUAAUAAUUUGUGUACAACAUUCCAUAAUUUGAAAUUUUUUAAGAAGUAGAGGAAUUAGAAUUUAUUUGGUUGAUUAAUUGAAAUUAUUUCAUACUUUUUAUACUUGAGAUUAAGGGGAUAGUACCCAUGUCUGAUUUUGUGCCAUUUUUAUCACUUUAUUGAAUUUAUUGUUCAACACAAAGUCAGUAGAAAGUCUGUUUGGCAGUUUUAUAUAAGGUUCUGUUAACUAAGGAUUUCUACGGGUUUGCUUAUUUUAUAUCUACAAUUUGUUUGUGGACCAAGAUGUAAACAACAACAACAACAACUCAACAACUUUGUACAGGCAGUCAUAGGCUUUCUAAGAAAAAGUGAAUAUAUUCAGUAUUUCAAAUUAAGACUUGCAUGUCGAAAAUGUGUAUACCUUGCCAUUGUCCUUCACAAAUAAAACUGCUUUAAUAA